GGCUGGUAUGAGGUGGGGGUUCUUCUCUUUUGUGAAAGAGCUUCCUGAUGGCUUUAAUCGGACUCUGGCAGAUUUAAAAAUACAGAACAGCUAUACUGAUUUACCUAUUGGUUUUGAGGAUCAGCCUUGGCAGAGCUCCGCGGCGGACCCCGGCCAUGGCGCUUCCUCCAGUCUCGCAGCCUAUGCUCUUUUUGGUGCUCACGGUGGCACUGAUGGCAUCGAUAUGGGUGAAGCCAAUACGCGCAAGUAGCCCAGAGGCCGGCACUGUCAUUCCAGCAGAAAGUCGUCCCUGUGUGGAUUGUCAUGCAUUUGAGUUCAUGCAGAGGGCACUGCAGGACUUAAGGAAGACUGCAUUUAACCUAGACUCAAGAACUGAAACACUUCUAUUGGGAGUGGAGAAGAGAGCUCUGUGUGACUGCUUGCCCACCAAUGCGCUAAGCUGAACAGGAAUUCCCCAGGAUAUGAGUGUCCAGACAAGUAGAAAUACAGUUUUUCAACAAUAAUCUGUAAAAUGUUUAUUGAUCUGUUUUCAAAAUAUAAUAAAAUGAGAAAAGUCAGUAAGGAACUAAUCAGGCAGCUUAUAAUAUAUAAAAUAACUGAUAUUUUGCCAUCAUGAAGCAGUAUAAACAUUUUGUUUGAUUGCCAUGUUGCUGUAGCAUGAAUGAAAAGAAAAUAUCACAAACAUUUAAUGAUUCAGUCUAUGCCCACUACUACAGCCUUUGUCCAAAGCGUCAGUUUCAAGCAUUACUGUUGUCAGACUUUUCAGAAAUGCAGUGUUUGUGUAUUCAUAUUUUCUGUGUUUAAUUUUGUAACAUCAUUAGUAUAGAAAAGAAAUCCUAUUGUGAAACCAAUUUAACCACCCCAGGGUGAGGCACUCAUCCAUCAAGAACAGAAACUUCGGAAUAUUAAGGGGCCUUCCCCGAAACUGAAUAAGCGUGGUAACUUUUAACAGUCUAAUGUUUGGUAACUAUUACAAUAUACAUUUAUAAAGGGACACGCAAAGUGGCAUUACAGCAUAGCUCAUUAACCAUACAAAAGCAUACUGGGCUGAACAAGCCAAAAAUCUUGUCCAACCACUAUCUUCUACCACAUCAUCUACAAAAAUGAAAUGAGUAGGGGGGUUAUUGAAAAUUAGAAAAAAACUUUGUGGACAAAGGUGGCAAAGCUAAAGGUGAAAUAAUAUAUCUAAAUUCUUAUCAGCUAUCAGCUAUGUUUUUUGACAUCCCUUUGAGCAGUAAUAUAACAUUAAAAUAUAUCAAACUGGGUAAAACGUUUAUACUAUAAAAUACACAGUGAUAACUGCAGACAUUUUUCUGAUACAGUAUAAAGCCAAUUUAAACUUUUUUUUUCCUUUCCAGGAGGAUUACAUUUAUAGUGGGUUAAGUUGUAACACAUACAUGCAUACAUACAUCAUACUGAAUACAGAAAAAGCCCUGGCAAAAGGAAACCCAGGACCUAAAAAGUGUGAUUUAAGUAUAUAGAUGCAAUUCAUCUUCAUAUGGCAUCUGCAUUUAAAUUUUCAUGGUACUCCACACCUAAUGCAGCUUCCACUGACUAUGCAAAAUAGGUCAGAGGAGGGACUUGUUUUUGAAGUUAAAGUUUAAUUUCCUCUACACAGCAUAAAUAAUGUCAGUGUUUCAGUAUCUUUACGCUCAAAAACCUCAAGUACCUUGGUGGUAAAUUCAAAACACUUCACCAAAUAUUUAUGCAGAUAUUGUUGUUUGAUCUCUAUGUGGAAAAUUGGUAGUUUAAUCACAAUUUCUAAAUUGGUGUCAUCCAUUAAUGUAACCAUUUAAAUAAUUACUCUUUGCGCCUCCAUAUUAUCUGUCUGACAAUGUGUCCUUGUAACUGUGCUAUAAAUAGCUGCAAGGUUAGCUGAGAUUUAAAAAGUUUCACCAAACUGUGAUUACACUUAACAGUCUGUUAGGGUGUUUCCAUUUUUGUGUGUGAUGUAAAUGUUUUUGUUGUCACCAGAAAUAGAAUCUUUUCGGAAAAAAGACACCUUUGUAUUUGCUGAAGGCUUUUUGUCUGAACAUGCACUAUGUCUUCAUCCUUCUUAUAGCUCUUUAUAUAACUGAGUACUGAGCAGUACCACUGGCUCACCUGUGAGGUAUGUUCAUAUGCUACCAAUCAUGUUCAGUUGUACUUGCAGCCAAACAAAACUUUU